AUGUCGUUCAGCAGCAAAUCCGAUUCCGAAGCAAGGCCUUUGCUCGACGACCGUCGCAGCUCCUACGGCUCCGCGGACAGUGAAGAAACGACCUCUCCCGAGACGCCGCUCAAUAAAGUGUCACGGUCAGACCUUAUCUGGAUUCUCGCCGGCUUAUGGAGUGCUGUGUUUCUUGGUGCUCUCGACGGCACGAUCGUCGCGACUCUAUUGACGCCAAUUGGCAGUGAUUUCAACAAGGCUAAUCAGGCUUCGUACAUUGGGACAGCAUAUCUGCUCUCAGUAUGCUGCUUUACGCCUUUGUAUGGACGAUUGUCUGAUAUUCUCGGUCGGAGGGGUGCAAUGUUGCUCGGCCUGUUCUUCUUUGGUAGCACCGGUACAUUGCUCUGUGGGUUAGCGAACUCGAUGGAAAUGUUGAUCGCUGCCCGCGCUAUCGCUGGAAUGGGCGGUGGGGGAGUGAUGACAGUGUCAAGCGUGGCUGUCACUGACCUGAUCCCACUAAAACAACGCGGCCUAUACCAGGGGAUGUGUAAUAUUUUAUUCGGUCUGGGAGCAGGUCUCGGAGGUCCGCUCGGUGGGUACUUGAAUGACGCUUUCGGGUGGAGAUCUGCAUUCCUUCUGCAGAUGCCCAUCCUGGUCUUCUCCGUCCUCCUUGUCACACUCAAAGUCAAGAUCAAGCUACCCUUCGACGUCCAGAACCAGAGCACCUCCGCAAAACUCAAACGGAUAGACUUUUGCGGGUCCUUCACACUCGUCGGCACCGUCGGCUGCCUGCUAUUAGGCUUUAGUCUCAAAUCGACGGAAGAGCUGCCGUGGUCUGAUCCGCUUAUUUGGGGCCUCUUCGUCGUCAGCGCGGUAUUCUGCGUUUCAUUUGUAUUAGUAGAACAUUAUUGGUCUCAAUACCCCAUCAUGCCUCUGCGGUUAAUCACGCAGAGAACGCCUUUGGCUGUAUCCUUGUCGAAUUUCUUUGGAAGUGUUGGUGCAUUCUCAAUGGUACAGUCUUCCCCCCGCAAAUCAUGCAUCUACCGGCUAACUCUAUCUUAUUUCUCAGCCGUGAGAUUGAACUCAUCUACGGAGGCUGGACUCCAUUUAUUACCACACUCGGUUGCUUUAUCUACCGGAAGUGUGUUUGCGGGAUGGAUCAUGCGAAAGACCGGAAAACUUUAUUAUCUGACGUUGGCUUCCGCGGGCUCUGCUAUCCUGGCCAGUGCUCUGGUCUGUCUAUGGAACGACCAGUCGUCAGAGUUUCACUUGUGGCUGGAUAUUGUACCGCAAGGUUUUGGAAUGGCUAGUCUCAUCACCAGUACAUUAAUCGCUAUGAUUGCCGGAGUAGUUAAAGAGGAUAUGGCCGUCGCAACUGGAAUUACCUAUCUGUUUAGAACCACGGGUCAAGUCAUCGGCGUAAGUUGCAGCGGUGCAAUCUUGCAAGCCGUACUUGUAGCCAAGCUGAGGAUGAGGAUCCAUGGGCCCAAUGCAUUAGAGGUCUGCAUCAAUAUCAUCGAGGACAUCCGCCAUUCGGUAAACAUCAUCCCAAGCUUACCGGAUGACCUGCGCACAGCAGCUAUUAGUUCAUACCGCGACGCCCUAGAAGUGGUGUUUCUCUGUCAAUUGGCGAUGAACAUUCUCACUUUCAUCUGCUGCUUGCCUAUCCAAGAGAACCCCUUGCCGUGCGUAGCCUUUUGA